AUGAUCCUCACGCAGUGCAAAGUUUUCUGGAAAGUAGUGAAAUUAGUUAAAAAUGGAACUCUUUUUAGGAGCAGGCAUUUAUCUACAAAUUCUCCAAUUGUGCUGGGCAUUGAAACGAGCUGUGAUGAUACCGGAGCCGCCUUGCUAACAGGAGAUGGGAAAGUUCUCGGAGAGUACAUCCAUUCCCAACAAAAUAGUCAUCUAAGAUUUGGAGGGAUAAUUCCCCCCGUGGCUCAGGACAUUCAUCGAGCGAAUAUAGAAAAUGUUGUGCAAAAAACAUUUGAACUUGCCAAAUUAACACCAAAAGACAUAGAUGCAGUGGCUGUUACUAAUCGACCAGGGCUUCCACUGAGUCUAAUUGUAGGCAUGCGGUAUGCCAAACAUAUCGCCAGAACCUAUAACAAACCUCUAAUCCCAAUUCAUCAUAUGCAAGCCCAUGCAUUAAUGGCCAGGAUGACCGCCACUAUCCCGUUUCCUUUCCUCUGUCUCCUCGUAAGUGGUGGCCACUCUUUGCUGGUAUUCGUAGAGGGAACAGCACGUUUCCGACUGCUCGGUGAAACACUCGAUGAUGCACCCGGUGAAGCUUUGGAUAAGAUUGCUCGUCGUUUAAAAUUGCGAAAUAUCGCAGAAUACGCACAAAUGUCGGGUGGACAAGCCAUUGAAGUCGCUGCCCGAACUGCCUCCAGCGAUACUGCUGCGUACGAUUUUCCACUACCUCUAGCCAAGUACCGCGACUGUCAGUUUAGUUUCGCUGGUCUUAAAAAUACUGCAACAAGACACAUCCUUGAACAGGAAUCAAAACAUAAUCUUGCGCCUGAUGCAUUGUUGCCGGAUUAUGAAUCGUUCUGUGCCUGUUUCUUAAAAGGAGUAACACGACACAUGCUCCACCGAACACAGCGCGCUAUAGAGUACUGCGAACGUUUUAAACUAUAUAACAGUGAAUCACAAUCGCGAAGUCUCGUGAUAUCCGGAGGAGUUGCCUGUAACGACGUUAUCUUCGGUGCACUCAGUUCGAUGGCGAGCCAUUUCGGAUAUAGCGCCUAUCGUCCACCAAAGAAUCUUUGCACGGAUAAUGGUACUAUGAUCGCGUGGAAUGGUGUAGAAAAACUCUUGGCAAACGAUACGGUGGACAUGACAAGAGAUUACGGAACCGUCGACAUUAGCGGCAAGUGUCCGAUAGGUGAGAGUCUGAUAGAUGAUGUUAAAGCAGCCAACAUUGCUUGUAAGUGGGCAAAGGUAGACAUACUCCCUAACAAUAAUGUUACUCGACAAUAGAGUAAUUAUA